ACGCCGACUAUUGUAGUUGAAGGCGUCAAAACCCUACCGAUUCUAAUUCUCUCUCCUCCCCCUUCCUAAACCCUAAUCGUUUCUCCCGGAAUCUUAGCGACCGAUCCGAUUUCAUGAAAUGAUGGGCGACGGAGCGGAAGCGGGGCCGCCGAACAGAGAACUCUAUGCGCUUCUCAACUUGUCGCCGGAGGCUUCGGACGAAGAAAUCAGAAAAUCGUAUCGUCAAUGGGCUCAAGUGUAUCACCCCGACAAAUACCAGUCUCCUCAGAUGAAGGAGAUUGCUACGGAGAACUUUCAGCGUAUUUGUGAAGCAUAUGAGAUAUUGUCUGACGAAACUAAGAGGAUGAUAUAUGACAUAUAUGGCAUGGAAGGGUUGAAUUCAGGAUUGGAGCUUGGCCCAAAGCUCAGCAAGCUCGAUGAGGUCAAAGAAGAACUUGAAAGGAUUAAAAGGAGGAACGAAGAAGCUAAAAGGAUGGCACAUUUUCUACCAACUGGCACAAUACUCUUCAAUUUGUCUCUACCACAUUUUCGGGAUGGUGAUGGCAUCAUGAGAGGAAUGGUUAUGGCUAGUCAAGUUCAGUCACAGUUAUCAAAGAAUGAUGCCUUUGCUAUUGGUGGAAAUCUGGCAGCCAAUGAGAAAUCUGGGGGUGGAGUUGCGUCAGUAAUGCUGAGACAUCAAAUAUCUCCAGUUUCGUCCAUAGAAUUCAUCGCUUCAGCAGGCUUGCGAUCACUUAUUGGGGUACAUACAACACGUCAGUUAUCCAUACAUUCAACUGCCAGUAUUGGUAUUUCAAAGUCUUUCCAUGAUGGUUCCAUAAAUCUUACCAACACGUGGACUCGCCAGCUUUCCGAAACAUCAAACGGAAACAUUGAGCUAGCAUUGGGUGAAGAACCGGCUAUUACAGUUGGAUGGAAAAAGAAAGACGAGAAUGCAGCUGCGGUUGGUGAAUUGAAGAUUGAGGCAGGUGGACUUGGGGCAUCAGCACGUUAUACGCGUAAUCUUUCUUCAAAAUCUCAUGGCCGGUUGGUGGGGAGAAUUGGAACAAAUGCCCUUGAGAUUGAAGUUGGUGGAGGAAGGAAAAUUUCCGAGUUCAGUACUGUCAGAAUGAUGUACACAAUAGGAAUUAAGGGUAUUUUUUGGAAACUUGAGUUACACCGUGGCGGUCAGAAACUGAUAGUUCCUAUCUUGCUUUCCACACAUUUAAAUCCCAUAUUCGCAACAGGAGCAUUCGCAAUUCCGACGUCUUUUUACUUUUUAUUAAAGAAAUUCGUUGUGAAACCUUAUUUGCUUAAAAGAGAAAAGCAGAAAGCCUUGGAGAACAUGGAAAAUACUUCUGCUCAGGUUAGGGAAGCGAGGGCAGCAGCUGAGAAAGCACAGCAGUUGCUACAAAAUGUGGCGAACAGGAAAAGAGCCCGGCAGAUGGAGAUGGAUGGGCUUGUUGUUACAAAAGCAUUGUAUGGAGAAGGCAAAGCCAUUGACAUAAGAGGUGGGAACGACGAAUUAGCUUCGCGAGUUAUUGAUGUAACGGUGCCGCUGAAUUUUCUGGUGAGCGAUUCUGGACAGCUCAAGCUUCACGAGGGAGUGAAGAAAUCUGGGAUAAUGGGAUUUUGCGAUCCUUGUCCGGGAGAGCCUAAGCAGUUAAACGUUGAAUACACAUUCCACAGUCACAGAUUCGAGGUGGUUGUGGAUGAUUAUGAAGAGCUUCUAAUCCCUCAAGAAACCCACAGGAUAUGAAAGCACAAGUUUGCCCCUGUAAGGCCUUUUUUUAGCUUUAAUUACCUACGAAUAAUAAUAUAUCCAUCCAUCAUAAAUCAUUUUUUGUUUUUCGCAUCCGAGCAAUUUUCUCGGGAGAAAUGUUGUAAUUUUGAAUUUUGCAAGGCACAAAGUAAACACUCCAAUGGUUUAAUUAGUGGGGGUGUCGAGUAAAAUAACUUUUACACACACACACAACCCAAAGGGAUUAAUUUUCUAAAAUAUUACUUUGUUAUUCA